CGCAGCUCUAGUUUUGUACUAUUAUCUAACGUCAGGGAAGAAGCUGACCAACGUGCCACCAAAGCAAGAGCAGCGAGGCUCCCAAAUUGUGUGGCACUGAAAGAAAUGGGCAGCUCCAGCGAUGAAUCUAUCGACUGGAUUCGGGAGUUUAAGGCACCUGAUCGUGCUUUUGAGCUUAGUUCUGACACCUCUCCAGAAAGUACUCCGAAAUCAUCCCAUCAAGCGGAGAAGCUUACAAACAAACACGAGAUAAUCCUUAUUGAGAGCGGAGAAAAUACUCCCAUCUCUAAGUCUACAAAACCUAGGGCUCCAAAAAAAAAGACUCACACUCCAAAAGAUGAUGCGUUGGAUGCACUGGAGGAUGUGCAUGAAGAUACGAAAGCGAAGCCUGCUGCUUCUUUAGUGUCAAGUCUGCCUCUAGUAUUCCCUGACAAGGUGCAACGCUUAAAGGCACUUGUAGAAUGUGAUGGGGACUCCAUAGAUUUAAGUGGUGAUGUUGGUGCUGUUGGACGAAUAAUAGUUUCAAAUGCCUCUUCUGGGAAUCAUGAAUUGUUUUUAGAUUUAAAAGGGACCAUAUAUAAGUCAACGAUAGUUCCUUCAAGGACAUUUUGCAUUGUUAGUGUUGGUCAAUCAGAAGCAAAGAUAGAAGCCGUCAUGAAUGAUUUCAUCAGGUUAGAAGCUAAGUCAAACUUGUUUGAAGCUGAAACAAUGAUUGAAGGGACGCUUGAUGGAUUUUCUUUUGAUUCGGAUGAGGAGGGGGAGAAAGCUUCCAAGGCUUUUCUCCAACAAGGUGAUCCCAACAAUGAUAAUGAAGUCCAAGGAAAUAAAAGAGGCCGAGGAAAAACUGAGAAAUCAAUGGGUACUCCAAGCAAGAAAAAGAAAGCUUCUGCAAAGACACCCAAGAAGGCAGCAAGAAAAUCUCAAGUUGCAAAAAGGACCAGAAAAUCUAAGAAAUAAGGUAAAAAAUAAAUAAAUAAUAAUUCAUUUCAUUGUAAUUUUAUUUUUUUUCAUUGAGAGACAUUCAAACAAGAGAGUAUAGAUAUUAUUUUUCUUCUCAUCAUAUUCAGUAUAAUUUAAAUGUGGCAAAGCACAAUGCGAAAUGUU